UGAAGCAAAAAUCACUCUUUUCAUCUUCUCUGGAUCUGCUGCUGUUUCAUUUCUAAAACACAACCUCUGUUGUUAAUGUUGUGAUUUAAGACAAGUAAUGCUCGAUUCCUUUACAAAUAAUUCGAUUGUAGCCCUCUGAUUAUUCCGCAGGACCACACCUUUUUUAUCUCGAAAAACCGGUGGAUGUCGACGAAAAAUUCCAUUUUUAUUUGAACAAAAACGAAAACCCAUUGUAGUAUGUCGGUUUGGUGAUGGAUUCAAGCAAAAGCGCUGCUUCUUCUCCACAAAUGGCAUCGUCGAUCGAAGAUAUUCAUGAGAGUCAUCAACAAGAAUUAGAAAAUUUGAAAUUGACAACACAGCCCUUCAAAACAUUAAGGUUUUUCGUUCUGGCUGUCUAUCAAUAUUUUAAGCGAUCAGCACUGUAUCUUUUGGCAAAAGGUGGUUGGCUUAUGCUUUCAAGCACUCUAAUAGCAGUUCUUGGGAUUUUGCUUGUAACCAUUGAGGGUCCUCAUGAAAAGCAUGUCGAGGAAGUUUCUCAUUAUGUUCGGUUUGGACUAUGGUGGAUAGCACUUGGUGUUGCAUCUUCAAUUGGUCUUGGUUCUGGUCUGCAUACUUUUGUCCUAUAUUUGGGUCCUCAUAUUGCCUUGUUUACCAUAAAAGCAAUGCAAUGUGGACGAGUGGACCUGAAAAGUGCUCCGUAUGAUACGAUACAGUUGAAGAGAGGCCCUUCAUGGCUGGAUAAAUCCUGUGAAGAGUUUGGGCCUCCAUUGUUUUCAACAUCACAUGGUUCAAGGGUUCCUCUUAGCAGCAUACUGCCUCAGGUGCAGAUUGAGGCUAUCUUAUGGGGUAUUGGGACUGCACUCGGAGAGCUUCCUCCGUACUUCAUUUCAAGAGCUGCUAGAGAGUCUGGCAGAAAGUUUGACGCCAUGGAAGAAUUGGAUGCUUCCUCGAGUGAGAAAUCUGGAGUCAUAGCUACUCAUCUGAAAAAGAUCGAGGGCUGGCUGUUAUCGCACUCCCAACACUUGAACUUCUUUACCAUUUUAGUUCUUGCCUCGGUCCCCAAUCCUUUAUUCGACCUUGCCGGCAUCAUGUGUGGACAAUUUGGAAUUCCAUUCUGGGAGUUCUUUCUCUCAACAUUGAUUGGGAAGGCAUUUAUUAAAACUUACAUACAGAUGAUUUUCAUUAUCUCCGUCUGUAAUAAUCAACUCCUUGAUUGGAUGGAGAACGAAUUGAUCUGGAUUCUUGGCUUUAUACCCGGAUUCGAUACUUUCUUGCCCACCCUCACAGCAAAACUUCAUGCAGCCAAAGACAAGUACUUGGCCGCACGCCCUCUCCCUACAAAUAUCAAGGGGAAGUGGGAUUUUUCAUUCACUUCAAUCUGGAACACUGUUGUGUGGCUUAUGCUCAUCAACUUCUUCGUCAAGAUUGUUAAUGCAACUGCUCAGAGGUAUCUUAAAAAGCAGCUGGACAAGCAGGCAGCCGAUAACUCGCGUGCCUCAACAGAUUCAGAUUGACCGCGUUAUCUUGGACGAAACGGCUGCAUUGAACCGUGUAAUCAUCUCCGUCUCUUAAUCAAAUUUUCUUUUCUGGUGAACUAUUUUCUUAAGUUAUUACCAUUGAAGCAACUUGAAAAAGAAAGCCCCUGCAAGCUGCAAUUGGCUAUUCCCCUUGUUAGAAUGUUGUAUAGACAAAGAAUAGGAACACGGAGGAGAGAAGGUAUAGGUCCAGUUUAUAUCCUAUCCUAUGUAAUGCUCUGGUCUGGGGGGUUUAGUUUAAACCAUUGUUUUGGACUGUUUUUCUCCCAUUCUUAAAGUACUGUUUGCUUGAUUCUGGGAAAUUUGAAAUCUCAUAAUUCUUUGACCCUUCAAUUU